UUUGCUUUCCUUCAGACUGAUCCUAGGAAAGAGUUCAACCUGCCAAAGCAAACGGUCCCUGACAACCCCCAGGAGACGGUUGUGGUAUCAGCUCUAACCAGGAAAGUGGUAACUGUCUUCCAGACUAUUCCGUCCCACCCCUGCCUCACAACUCCACUGAAGAAUGUCUCAGUGGUAUGAACUACAACAACUUGACUCCAAAUUCCUAGAGCAAGUACAUCAACUCUAUGAUGACAGUUUUCCUAUGGAAAUUAGACAAUAUCUGGCACCUUGGUUGGAAAAGCAAGACUGGGAGCAUGCUGCCAUUGAUGUCUCCUUUGCCACAGUAUGUUUUCAUGAACUUCUCUCUCAGUUGGACGAUCAAUACAGUCGCUUCUCUCUGGAGAACAACUUUUUGUUACAACACAAUAUAAGGAAAAGCAAACGUAAUCUUCAGGAUAAUUUUCAGGAAGAUCCAAUACAAAUGUCUAUGAUCAUCUCUAAUUGUCUGAAGGAAGAAAGGAAAAUCCUGGCAGCUGCCCAGCAAUUCGACCAGGCUCAUAUGGGGAAUAUUCAAAAUGCUGUCAUGCCUGGCAAACAGAAAGAGAUUGGACUGCAAGUCAAAAAUGUGAAGGAUAGAGUUAUGGACAUAGAACAAGAGAUAAAGGUGCUAGAAGAUUUACAAGAUGAACGUGAUUUUAAAAUCAAAACCCUUAGUAAUAGAGAGCAUGAUCACUUUGGUGCAGCAACAAAUGAACAUAAGCAGGAAAAGAUGUUAAUCCAAAAGAUGUACUUAAUGCUGGAUCAGAAAAGAAAGGAAGUUGUGCAGAAAAUAGUAGAACUCUUGAAUGCUACAGAACUUAUCCAGAAUGUUUUGCUUAAUGAAGAACUAGUGGAAUGGAAGCAAAGACAACAGAGUGCAUGCAUUGGAGGACCUCCCAAUGCUUGCUUGGAUCAGUUACAGAACUGGUUCACUAUUAUUGCUGAAAGUCUUCAACAAGCACGCCAACAGCUUAAAAAACUAGAGGAACUGGAACAGAAAUACACCUAUGACUUGGAUCCUAUCCCCAAAAACAAAGACAUUCUGCGUGACCGAACUUUAAGUCUUUUCAAGCAGCUUAUUCAGAGCUCAUUUGUGGUAGAAAGACAGCCAUGUAUGCCAACUCAUCCACAGAGGCCAUUAGUCCUGAAGACUGGAGUACAAUUCACUGUGAAACUGAGGUUGCUGGUGAGAUUACAGGAACUGAAUUAUAAUUUGAAAGUGAAAGUCUUAUUUGACAAAGAUGUAAAUGAGAAGAAUACAGUGAAGGGGUUUAGGAAAUUCAACAUUUUGGGUACACACACAAAAGUGAUGAACAUGGAGGAGUCUACUAAUGGAAGUUUAGCAGCAGAAUUUCGACAUCUGCAAUUGAAAGAACAGAAAAACGCAGGCACCAGAACUAAUGAGGGUCCUCUCAUCGUUACUGAAGAGCUUCAUUCCCUUAGCUUUGAGACCCAGUUGUGCCAACCGGGCUUGGUAAUUGAUCUAGAGACAACCUCUCUGCCUGUUGUUGUGAUUUCCAACGUUAGCCAGCUUCCCAGUGGAUGGGCAUCCAUUCUGUGGUACAACAUGCUAACAACAGAACCCAAGAAUUUGUCCUUCUUUCUGAACCCACCAUGUGCAAAAUGGUCUCAACUUUCAGAGGUGUUGAGUUGGCAGUUUUCCUCUGUCACAAAAAGAGGACUUAAUUUAGAACAGCUGAACAUGUUAGGCGAGAAACUCCUAGGCCCUAAUUCCUCUAGCACUGAUGGUCUUAUUCCUUGGACCAGAUUCUGCAAGGAAAAUAUAAAUGACAAAAAUUUUUCUUUCUGGCUUUGGAUUGAGGGAAUCCUUGAACUUAUUAAAAAGCAUCUCAUUUCUCUCUGGAAUGAUGGCUGUAUUAUGGGCUUUAUAAGUAAGGAUCAGGAACGGGCACUGCUAAAAGAACAACAGCCAGGGACAUUUCUGCUGAGGUUCAGUGAAAGCAGUCGGGAUGGAGCCAUCACUUUCACUUGGGUAGAGGGAACACAAAACGAUCCUGUGUUUCAUGCAGUUGAACCAUACACCAAAAAAGAACUCUCUGCUGUUACUUUUCCUGAUAUCAUUCGGAAUUACAAAGUCAUGGCUGCAGAGAAUAUCCCUGAAAAUCCUCUGAAGUUUCUAUAUCCAAAUAUUGAUAAAGACCAUGCUUUUGGGAAAUACUACUCUAGGCCAAAGGAAGCCCCAGAGCCAAUGGAAGUUGAUGGUCCGAAAGGAACUGGUUACAUCAAGACUGAACUAAUUUCUGUAUCUGAAGUUCAUCCCUCCAGGCUUCAGAGCACAGAAAAUCUGCUUCCUAUGUCUCCUGAAGAGUUUGAUGAGUUUUCCCGGAUAGUGGGCCAUGUAGAACUCAACAAUGUGAUGAAUGCAACUCUCUAAUACUUGAAUGUUGUUCAUCUCUUCCCAAUCAAACUCGUGUGCCCUUCACUGACUCACUCCUGCCACUCUGCUCCUCCACAGCCUAGGUUUUUAGAGAAAGGAAAAUCAUGUUAACGAGUUUGCUUCCAAGUGAAUUUUUUCUUAUCUCAAAAUCACCCAUGUUACCCCGACGGUCUACACCAGUCUCAUCGAAGGUAAAGCUGAUAUGCCUAUGCAUUCAAUAUGGAGCAAGGGUAGGGGUCUUUUUAAGGGAACCUAACAAAGUAUUGUGCACAUAGUGGGUGCCUAGGAAAGAUUAGGCGGAAGUAACAGGUCAAAGUAUUUAUAGAGAUAAUUUUUGGUGUGGAAAUAGUGGUUUUUUUCUACAUUAAAAAAAGUUUUAUUUUAAUGGUCAAAAGACAAUCUCCAAGUUGGCAAUAUGGUAGGUCUGUCCCCCUUCUUUUCCCCCACCCCACACACAGUGUUACAUUUAUGAAACAAUCUUUGAAAAAAUAAAUGACCACAGCUCUAUGACAUUUGGCAACUUUGACAAACUACUUACCAAAUGUAGGCAUCUAACAUAGCAGAAGCUACCUACUGGACACAUUUCUCCCAACCUCCAAUCUCCUACUUUAAAAAGUGUCAUAUUGUAUGAAGAUUGCCAGACCAGCCAUUUAAAAUUAAUACAAUAAGUUAACAUUUAUUGAUGGAAUUGGCUGCAUGUUUGGGUUAAAGUUAAUGGUAAGUUUCCGGCUAAUGUCCACCGAGGUCAAGUACAUGUAGUAAGUUCAUAAAUAGUAUUUCUGUUUCUAUGUGUCCUAAUAAAACUUUUUAAGAGUUUCUCUCUUCAUCGUGGUUAGAAAUGAACAUGCUAUUGCAUUUCUAAUGAGGUUUCUAAGGCUCAGCACAUACUUUAAUACAUCAGCACUUAUAGACUGGGCCAGAGGCAUGGUUCAUAAAAAUAAUUAACAUUGAUGAAAACUGUAGUUAUAAAUAAACAAGUUAUUAAUAAGUUGGAUCAGCAGGAGCCUAGUGUUUUAUCUCUUAGCUAUCAAAUAUAGACUUGACUUUUUAUGUGGGAAGACAAAUUAGAGACCUAAAAAGCAACAGUAUCUGGAUGGAAACAAUAUCUAGAACUUGACUAAUAAUGAAAUUUACAAUCUCAUCUGUAAUGAUGGGAAAUGUUUGCUUUCUAGUGAUAACAUCACUGGAACAAAGAGUCAUGUUAAUUUUAUUUUCCUUUUUAAAUGAAAAUGUGAGAUUGUUUUAAUUGUUUUCUGCCUACACUAGCAAUGAAGUGAAAAGUUACAAUUUGGGGGAGGGAGGGAGAGAAACAAUAGAUUUUUAACUUUGUGAAACUUACCUGAAAGAAAAUAUAUCUAUUUGACCUUUUAAACUGUAUCUCAUUGUCUAACUGUGUAUUUAACUGUAUCACCAUUACAACUGUAUUUCUUGUGGUCAAUAUUUCUUUAAACCAAUUUAAAAACAACAACAAAUGAAUGAUAAAUUAUUUGUGUUGUGUUAGGAGACUUGCUGCUUUGCUUGGUCUUGUCCUCAGUUAAAUCAUUGCUGUUCUAACUCAGAUGUUUCUUGCGUCUUCGAGUCCGCAAAAUGCUUUCCUUCCAACCAAACACCCUC